UCAGUUAAGCGUUGGCACUGAACCGGGCAACAAUCUUCACUCCUCCGCUCGAAACGCCGCGAUCGAACCGAUCUAUAACUAGCCAUCUAUAACUAGAGCGAGCCGAGUGUAUUCUAUCGAAACAGCCAAAUUUACGAUACAAUAUAUAUUUGUAUAUGCGUGGAAAACUUACAAGUUCUUGUUGUGUCCCAUGAUUGCCGUGUGAUCCAGCGGAAUUAAUCGCACAAAUAUGAGCAGCAAUAUCGGCAUACGCAUGCUAAUGAUGAUUAUGCCUCAUUUAUAGUGCGCUAAUUGAACGCGAAAUUGCUCGAUACAUUCAAUAUAACCAAACCAUUCGCAAACAAACAACAACUCGAAGGGAAGUAUCUAUCAUACCCCGUGUGUCAGUGUGAGAGUGUGUGUGCCGUCGAACAGAUAAACCCGAUCAGCAAUAAUGGAUAUCAGCUAUAUCUUCGUCAUCUGCCUGAUGGCCCUGUGCAGCGGCGGCAGCAGUCUCAGCCAAGUCGAGGGCAAACAGAAAUCCGGAAGGGGCCGGGGCUCCAUGUGGUGGGGCAUUGCCAAGGUCGGCGAACCCAACAACAUUACGCCCAUCAUGUACAUGGACCCAGCGAUCCACUCUACGUUGAGAAGGAAACAGCGACGCCUGGUCAGGGACAAUCCCGGUGUACUGGGAGCCCUGGUCAAGGGCGCCAACUUGGCCAUUAGCGAGUGCCAACACCAGUUCAGAAAUCGCCGCUGGAACUGCUCGACGAGAAACUUCUCGAGGGGCAAAAAUCUAUUCGGCAAAAUCGUUGAUCGAGGCUGCCGAGAGACGAGCUUCAUUUACGCAAUCACCAGCGCGGCGGUGACCCACUCGAUUGCCAGGGCCUGCAGUGAAGGAACGAUAGAGUCCUGCACCUGCGACUACAGCCACCAGUCGAGAUCUCCACAAGCGAACCACCAGGCGGGCAGUGUGGCCGGCGUGCGGGAUUGGGAGUGGGGCGGCUGCUCCGACAACAUCGGAUUCGGGUUCAAGUUCUCCCGGGAAUUCGUCGAUACCGGCGAGAGGGGUCGCAAUCUGCGCGAGAAGAUGAAUCUGCACAACAACGAGGCGGGUCGAGCGCACGUCCAAGCGGAGAUGCGACAGGAGUGCAAAUGCCAUGGCAUGUCCGGAUCGUGUACAGUGAAGACCUGCUGGAUGCGACUGGCCAACUUCCGUGUGAUUGGCGACAAUCUGAAGGCCCGCUUCGAUGGAGCCACCCGCGUGCAAGUGACCAACAGUCUCCGGGCCACCAACGCUCUGGCCCCAGUUAGUCCGAAUGCAGCCGGCUCGAAUUCCGUGGGCUCCAACGGCCUGAUUAUUCCGCAGUCUGGUCUGGUCUACGGCGAGGAGGAGGAGCGUAUGCUGAACGACCAUAUGCCGGACAUCCUGCUAGAGAACAGCCACCCGAUCAGCAAGAUCCAUCACCCGAACAUGCCGUCGCCCAACAGUUUGCCCCAGGCUGGUCAAAGGGGCGGACGAAAUGGACGUCGUCAGGGACGCAAGCAUAAUAGAUAUCACUUCCAACUGAACCCGCACAAUCCCGAGCACAAGCCACCCGGCUCGAAGGACCUUGUCUAUCUGGAGCCUUCGCCGAGCUUCUGCGAGAAGAACCUGCGGCAGGGCAUCCUGGGAACCCAUGGCCGCCAGUGCAAUGAGACCUCGCUGGGCGUCGACGGCUGUGGGCUGAUGUGCUGUGGGCGUGGCUAUCGGCGAGACGAGGUCGUCGUUGUGGAGCGGUGCGCCUGCACCUUCCACUGGUGCUGCGAGGUGAAGUGCAAGCUGUGUCGGACCAAAAAGGUCAUCUACACGUGUCUGUAAGGACACUGCCCGCCUCCAGCCCAGUCCCGUCCUCUGAAGCCGCCCUCUUCGUUCUUUGUAUGUGUUAUGUAUUUUGUCUACGCUUAGCCUUUGUUAUUAGCACCUUAAGAACCUAGACUAUAGCCUAGUUAAAGAUACGACUAACCGCCCCUGAAGUGUACCAUGCAAAACCCUUUAAGCUCUCACUUUUUUUUUAGCAGUAUUACACAAGGAAUAUUAACGAAUAGAUUUCAAGAAGAAGUGAGGAAUACAACAUGUGUUUGCCCAGUUUUUAGUCAUGUAAGCCAGCUCCCAAUCGAAGCAAAAUAUUUUGUAAAUUACAAAGCCCCCAUUUUUUGUACCCCUAGAUAAUAGUAAUCGAUUUAAAAUACUUUAGUGUAGCUUAAAGUCUUCGAAGCGCGCCCCCUUUCUGCUGAAUCCCUCCUCAUGCUGUCGUUUAAAAUCUUUUUAAAUCAUUGAAAACAAGACUGAAAAUUCAAAAAGCGCGCAGCUCCUUCCUUCUCUCUAGCGAGCACUGCUUGAACUGCUUGCAUACUGCUUUGGGCAGGACCAAAACGUAUGCGAAGUGGACAGUAUAAUAGUUCGAGAAAAUCGGUAACCAGGGCUGGAAAACAUUUGGAAUGCAACAGUAAAAAUUCCACUAUUGUUUUUCCAUUUCCAUGGUCAUACAAAACAACAAAUUCUUUUUUGUACAUAAAUAAGCUUAAAUUAACUUUUAGUUUUAGAUUAAAUUCAUACCAACCCCACGAAGUACAGAAAAAGAUUUUAGUUGCUUGGAAUUUAUGAAAUUUUGCACACGAAAUAUUUUUUUUUGUAAACACAUUUAACUUAAACCACCCCAUCCAUGUAGGUAUUACUAACUAAUUAAAUGCACUUAGCUGGCUAGUUAAACUAAGUAUAUAAAUAGCUCGAUAUGAAUAUAAUAUUUAAUUAAUUUAUACUAGCUCAUAGACAUUCAAUUUUGUAAAGUAUUAAUGCGAAGGAAAACAAGAAACAAAAAAGCGAGCAGAAAAAUGCGAAUGCAAUCGAAAACAAAUCAAUAAAAAAAAAACACAAAACGACAAUGAGUAAAAAAUUAC